GAGCUGAUAAAAAGGGAUGAAGGAAGAAAUACAGGCAGAUCCGCUGACACGGAGGGAGGAAGACGCUUUCUGAGGAACCACUAUAAACAGACAGAGACAUGCCUGAGCCCCAGAAGCCAGCAGCCGAGGGCGAUAAGGCUGCAGCAGCCCCUGCUGAAACGAAGGAGAAGCCAGCAGAGGAGGAGGAUGUCCGGCCCGCCGUAGCGAACAAUGAGCCUAGGGACGAGUUGCCCGCUGACGAGCCGGUACCGGGGGAGGCUCCUCAGAUGGCCGAGCUGACCGGCCUGUUUGUGUUGAAGCCGGAGAGCGUCACAGCAACAAAAGGCAAGGACAUCACGUUUGUGACUAAAGUGGACUCCACAAACUUAUUAAGGAAGCCGAACAUGAAAUGGCUGAAGGGGAAGUGGCUUGACCUUGGCAGCAAAGCCGGAAAGCACCUGCAGUUUAAAGAGACCUAUGACAGGAACACCAAGAUCUACACUUACGAGAUGAGCAUCAUCAAAGUAGUGGAUGGGGACGCAGGUGGCUACCGCUGCGAGGUCACCUCCAAAGACAAGUGCGACAGCUGCACAUUCGACAUCUCCGUGCAGGCUGUGGAAGAGGAGCAGCAGGACAACAUCUUGGAGGCGUUUAAGCGAUCCGGAGAUGCAGAUGAGGAUGCCGGUGAUCUUGACUUCAGCGCGCUGCUCAAGAAAAGGCAGAAGAAGAAACAGGCCCCCAAAGAGGAAGUGGAUGUUUGGGAAAUCCUAAAGGGGGCCAACCCCUGUGACUACGAGAAGAUCGCCUUCCAGUAUGGCAUCACGGACCUGAGGGGCAUGCUGAAGAGGCUGAAGAAGAUGAAGAUGGAGUCCAAGAAGAGUGACGGAGCUUUCCUCAGGAAGCUGGAUUCGGCCUACUCAGUGGACAAGGGCAAGACGAUCCAGCUCACCGUGGAGGUGGCCGACCCCGACGCUCCGGUCACGUGGCUGAAGAAUGGACAGGAGAUCAAACCAUCAGCCAAGUAUGUGUUCGAGAGCGUGGGCAACAAGCGGACGCUCACUAUCAACAAGUGCAACCUUUCGGAUGACGCAGCGUACGAGUGCGUGGUCGGGGAGGAGAAGAGCUUCACGGAGGUUUUCGUCAAAGAGCCGCCGAUCACCAUCACCAAGCCGCUGGACGACGUCCUCACCGUGGUCGGUGAGAAGGUGGAGUUUGAGGUGGAAGUUUCAGAGGAAGGCGCCAACGUGAAAUGGAUGAAAGAUGGGGUUGAGUUGACCAGAGAGACUGCAGGUUCAAAGUACAGGAUUAAGAAAGCUGGGAAGAAGCACAUUUUGAUCAUAAAUGAAGCCACCAAGGAGGAUAUCGGGAUGUACUACGCCUUCACCAAUGGUGGGGAGUCGAAGGCAGAGCUGGAGGUUGAAGAUAAGGAGCUGCAGGUUCUGCAGAGCAUUGCCGACCUGACAGUGAAGUCUGCCGAACAGGCUGUGUUCAAGUGCGAGGUGUCCGACGAAAAAGUGACGGGGAAGUGGUUCAAGGACGGCGUCGAAGUCCAGCCCAGCGAUCGCAUCAAAAUAACGCACAUCGGAAGGACCCACAAGCUGACAAUUGAUGACGUGAAGUCUUCGGACGCCGGAGAUUACACUUUCGUCCCCGACGGCUACGCGCUGUCUCUCUCCGCAAAACUCAACUUCCUGGAGAUCAAGAUUGAAUACGUUCCCCGACAAGAUCCGCCCAAAAUCCACCUGGACACCAGCGGCACCGGCAACAAGAACACGAUCACCGUGGUGGCCGGGAACAAACUUCGCCUCGACGUGGAGAUCACGGGGGAGCCGGCCCCGACCGUGUGCUGGAUGAAGGGAGACAAGGUGGUGGCUGAGGCCGAGGGACGGGUCCGCGUGGAGACCAGGAAGACCCUGAGCAGCUUUGUCAUAGAGGGGGCGGAGAGAGGCGACGAGGGCCUUUACCACAUCGCCGUGAAUAAUCCUGCCGGAGAAGACAAGGCGGACCUCUUCAUCAGGGUCGUGGAUGUGCCCAAUCCCCCCGAGAAUGUCAAAUGCUCGUCAGUUGGCGAGGACUGUGCCACGAUCGCAUGGGACCCUCCCGCGUUUGACGGCGGAGUUCCCAUUAAAGGGUACCUGAUGGAGAAGAAGAAGGUUGGCUCGGCCAGAUGGACCAAGCUCAACUUUGACGUUUACGAGUCCACCACGUAUGAGGCCAAGAAGAUGAUCGAAGGCGUGCGUUACGAGAUGAGGGUGUUCGCAGUCAACGGCAUCGGCGUCUCUCAGCCCAGUGCGAACUCAGAGCCCUUCAUGCCCAUCGCCGCCACCAGCGAGCCCACCCGUCUCGUGGUGGACGAUGUGACAGACACUACCUGUGCACUCAAGUGGCUUCCUCCGGAGAAAAUCGGAGCGGGCGGCAUCGACGGUUACAUCAUCGAGUACUGCAAAGAAGGAGGGGACCAGUGGGUGCAGGCUAAUGCGGCGCCAGUGGCAAAGAACCAGUACAGGGUGAAGGACCUCCCAGUCGGGGAGAAGAUGCUGUUCAGAGUGGUGGCCGUCAACGUCGCGGGCCGCAGCCCGCCCGCCACGACCGCCCAGGCCGUCACUAUCAGAGAGAUCAUGGAGACUCCAAAGAUCCGCCUGCCGCGCCAACUGAGAACCAAACUCAUCAGGGUUGUGGGCGAGAAGCUGAACCUGGUCAUCCCCUUCCAGGGUAAACCUCGCCCCGUCGUGACCUGGUUCAAAGACGGCGCUCCCCUGGACGGCAAGACGAUAGGAACCCGUACCAGUGAGGUGGACUCCAUCCUCUUCAUCCGCUCGGCGGAGAGGGACCACUCGGGAAAGUACACACUGUCCGUUCAGAUUGAGAACGUGUCGGACAGCGCUGACAUUUACAUUCAGAUUGUAGAUAAGCCCGGCCCUCCCAUCGCUGUGCACGUCACAGACGUCUGGGGCUUCAACGCCGCGCUGGAGUGGAAGCCGCCGAAAGACGACGGCAACUGCGACAUUAUCGGCUACACCAUUCAGAAGGCCGACAUGAAGACUAAGGAUUGGUUCACGGUCUACGAGCACAACCGUAGGCCCGGCUGCACCGUGUCUGACCUGGUCAUGGGGAACGAGUAUUCCUUCCGAGUGUUCAGCGAAAACAUCUGCGGCCACAGCGACGAGCCCGGCGUCAGCAAGAACAACGCCGUCGUUACCAAGACAGGUUUGGCCUACAAACCUCCUCCCUUCAAAGAGAAGGACAUGACCAGAUCCCCCAAGUUCACGGCGCCCCUGGUGAACAGAACUGUGGUGGCGGGCUACGCCGCCGCCAUCAGCUGUGCCGUCCGCGGCUUCCCCAAGCCAAAGAUCAUUUGGAUGAAGAACAACAUGAUCAUCGGUGAGGACCCCAAGUUCCUGAUGCAGAACAACCAGGGCGUGUUGACGCUGAAUAUCCGCAAGCCGAGCAUGUUCGACGGGGGCCGGUACUCCUGCAGGGCCAUCAACGACCUCGGGCAGGACGAGGUGGAGUGCAAGCUGGAGGUUCGAGUUGUAAAAGAGAAAGGAGAGGAGGCGAAGAAAUGAGCGACCGCACGAAACAAGCGGAGGAUACAGUCGAACAGGAAUAGUAAUGGAUUAUGUAUAGUCAUGAAUAAAUAUGAUUGGAAUAGAUCACUGGUGAGGCUUAAAGCCAAUCCCCCCCUCCCAUAUGCUUGCCUUUCACCACUGCUAUAAGGAAUGCCACAUCAGUAAUACGCCAUAAAUUCUGAGUUCUUACAGCAAGCCGCCACCUUGUCACUUCCUGACUGAGAGAUGCCACAGAAUAGUGUAGUAGCGCGGCCCCCCCCCCCCCGCUGUGACCACACACACAGGAUGGAUCCUUCUUAUCUGUGAAGUGGACCUGUCACUGAGCACACUUAUAAAACCGCCUUUCAUCCA